AUGGCUACGGAGGCUACAACCGCACCCAAAUUCCAGGAGCCAGAUCUCCGACCGGUCUCUCAGACACCGGAUUUUCGACCGGAAAUCGCUCACGACGGUCUCAAGUUCUGGCAAUUCAUGAUUGCGGGUUCGAUUGCUGGUUCCGUUGAACAUAUGGCGAUGUUUCCCGUCGACACCAUAAAGACCCAUAUGCAAGCGCUCCGACCAUGUCCGUUAAAACCUGUCGGAAUCCGGCAAGCUUUCCGUUCAAUUAUCCAAAAGGAAGGACCUUCGGCUCUUUACCGAGGGAUAUGGGCUAUGGGUCUCGGCGCCGGACCUGCUCACGCCGUUUAUUUCUCCUUUUACGAGGUUUCGAAGAAGUUUUUAUCCGGGAAUCAGAACAAUUCCGCCGCGCAUGCGAUCUCCGGCGUCUUCGCAACUAUUUCAAGCGACGCAGUUUUUACUCCUAUGGAUAUGGUUAAGCAGAGGUUGCAGAUGGGAGAAGGGACAUACAAAGGUGUUUGGGAUUGUGUGAAGAGGGUUAUGCGUGAGGAAGGGAUCGGUGCGUUCUACGCUUCUUAUAGGACCACGGUUCUGAUGAACGCUCCUUUUACUGCGGUUCAUUUCGCAACGUAUGAGGCGGCUAAGAAGGCGUUGAUGGAGAUUUCGCCCGAAAGAGUUAGUGAUGAGGAAGGUUGGUUGGUUCAUGCUACUGCAGGAGCAGCCGCUGGUGGAUUGGCAGCUGCUGUGACGACGCCGCUUGAUGUUGUUAAGACGCAGUUGCAAUGUCAGGGUGUGUGUGGAUGCGACCGCUUCACUAGCAGUUCGAUCAGCGAUGUACUAAGAACGAUUGUGAAGAAAGACGGAUACAGGGGACUUAUAAGGGGUUGGCUACCGAGAAUGCUCUUCCAUGCUCCUGCAGCAGCAAUCUGUUGGUCCACUUAUGAAGGGGUCAAAUCUUUCUUUCAAGACUUAAAUGGUGAUUCAAACACUGCCUGA